CGCAGCAGCGAGCAGCAGGUGUCGCAGACGCUCAGUGCGCACAAACCGUCCGCCGGCCACAGUGCGCGCACAGGUGAGAGGCAGCAGCUCCGGUGAUAAACAGACAGGCGGGAUCCAGCGGCCCGGUACCGGCUGCCAGCUGAGGACAGGUGGGGUUCACGUGGUUGUUUUCCAGCCUUGCGUGGAGCUGUUUGGAUGAAUCUGGAGCUGGAGCGUGCACGAUGCUGAGCGCCGUUAAAAUGGAGGGACACGAGCAUCCGGACUGGAGCAGCAGCUACUACUACGCAGAGCCCGAGUGUUACCCCCCAGCGGCCAACAUGAACUCCAUGAGCACCUACAUGGGCACGCCUGGCAUGACGGCCACCGGCCACAUGAACGCGCAUUACGUGAGCCACCCGGUCGGGGUGAGCGGCUCUUCGGUGGCCUCCGGAAUGACGCAGAGCGCCGGGGCCGCCGCGCUGCCGCCCAGUAUGAGCCCCAUGAGCCCGCCGCCGUACGGGAACGUGCCGGUGAUGAGCCAGGUGUACGGGCAGGCCUGCGCCAUCAGACCACGGGAGUCCAAGGCCUACCGGCGCAGCUACACGCACGCCAAGCCGCCGUACUCGUACAUCUCUCUGAUCACCAUGGCGAUCCAGCAGUCCGGCAGCAAGAUGCUGACGCUCAACGAGAUCUACCAGUGGAUCAUGGACCUGUUCCCGUUCUACCGUCAGAACCAGCAGCGCUGGCAGAACUCCAUCCGCCACUCGCUCUCCUUCAACGACUGCUUCAUCAAGGUGCCGCGCGCGCCUGACAAGCCGGGGAAGGGCUCGUUCUGGACGCUGCACCCGGAUUCCGGGAACAUGUUCGAGAACGGCUGCUACCUGCGGCGGCAGAAGCGCUUUAAGUGCGGGAAGAAGUUGGACAGCGAGCCGGGCUGUGAGGCCGGAGCGCCAGGCAGAGGCUCGGACUCCCCGCCCUCCUCCUCCUCCUCCUCAUCGUCACCUCAGUCAUCUGACGGAAAGGGCGCCGACCUCAAACCCCACCGAGGAGAACCGCCAGCCUCAAGCCCCGUGCGCGUGCCCUCCCCGCUCACACACACGCAGCACCUGCUCUCGCACCACCCGCACCCGCUGCUGCUGCACGAGGCCGCGCACCUGAAAACGGACCCCUACCACACCCACUACUCCUUCAACCACCCAUUCUCCAUCAACAACCUCAUGUCGGAGCCGCAGCACCACAAGCUGGAGCCGGUGGUGCAGUACGGAGGUUACGGCUGCCCGGUGUCCGGGGCUCUGAUGGCGGCCAAACCCGGCCUGGAGCCCGUGCACAGCGACAGCGGGUACUAUCACGGCGUGUACGGCAGGCCCAUAAUGAACUCCUCCUGAGGCCCCGCCGGACUCCCCACUGCAAAAACUCUGAUCUGUACAUUUGUAAAUGUGAUAAAGGGCAAUUCCCCUGUUUUUCAUCCAUCUGAU